AUGGCCAGCAUGAGAUCGCGCUGCAUCCAUUCAACUAUCACGCUCCUCCAACUAGUCGCGUGGCUGCUGGCAGUCGUCACGCCGUGUACCGCCUCUCUUCCGGAAGACAGCAGCGGACUGGAAUCCGCCGAGCAACUCGUACGACCUGCAAGCGAUCGACUAGCACACUCUUUAUCGACAGCAAGGAUGCGGAAAGUAGUAGUGAAAGCGCCCGAGAAGCUUCGGCUGGGCACCGACGACUUUCUCGGGUCCGGAUUCAAGAGGAAGUCGGUCGCUGGAGCGUACGGUACCUCUGUGGGGGUUAGCCUGGGCGCCGUGGCAAUUGGAUACCAGACGUUGAACUAUCGGUCAAAGAACAGAGAAUACGCAAUCAAGAAGGAGAAAGACGCCCGAGUCAAGGAGGCCAUCUGCUCGGAACGGCGACGCUACGCAGCCGCUGCCGCCGAAGCUGCACCUGUCGCAGAUGUAGCCGCCGACACUGUGCGACCCACUGCGCCGUCGAUUUUCGCUUCGACUGCGAUGGCUUCAAAUGUACUGCAGCAGGAUCACGCUGACCUAGUCGGACUCGAAUCAGCUCCUGCAUCGUUCUCGACACAACCAGCAGGGGUGGCUAGCACAGCACACACGUAUCCUCCGUCUCGUGCGCUGACCUCGCUCGAGCGUAGAGCACCGCUCACUGACCAGACGCUCAACACGAUAGAAGAUUACAACAAGAUGAUCGGAGCCUCAGAGGCUGUCGCUUCUGCUAGCAUUGCCAUGACUUCUGCUCACCAAGCAAAUCAGCGCAGUUUGAACUCGUCGCCCGAGUUCAGCUGUUGA